AUGGAGAAUCUGUUCGUAUUCGUCGCAGCCUAUUUAACUGCAUUGAUUUGCUUAACAGGCGUGAAGGGUGGUGUUUGUCCAGGUUAUAACAUACCAGUGAUAUGGCCAUGUUCAGAAGGUACCAUAACCGGUACCAAGUUACUAGUAGAUACAUCUGAAAUACCCAUUGAUAAGUUACAAUGUAACUGUAAACUUACCACAACUACCAAUGCUAUCCAGAUAAGUUUAAUAAAGGCUCCAGAUUAUCGCAAUUGUGGUACAGAAAUACGGUUUUCUACAGCCUCUUCUGUUGAGUUUGGAUGUUUUCGUAGCGGCACCGUAGUAAACACAGAGUUCACCAAAACUGUUGAUAUCAUGGUGGAAAAAGAUAACACAAUAUCUGAUAUAAGGCAUUGUUUUUAUAUUGAUUCAUCAACAAAUUCCAUCGCGAAUAUGUCAUUAACAUGUUCGUCUCAUAGAUCAACAGCAGCACCAACCACCAAUAUAACAACACCAUUCACAUCAACAGCUUCAACAUCAACAUCGCCAUCUCCUUCAUCAACGCCAACUGUUAUAUCAACGUCAUCAUCUGCCACAACUGCAAUACCAACAACUUCAACUGCAACCCCUUCACAAACCGUUUCAGUAUCAACUACGCAAACAUCAUCUGCAAUACCAAAGUCAACUUCUUACUCUGAAUCCACACCUUUUACAAACCCCAUUACUACCGAUUCGAAAACCACAAUAACAUCAGCUGAAAAGAUGUCAGAUUCGACACAAAAAUCUUCAACUGCAGAAUCAGUACAAACUGAUAUUACCAGCAGACAGCCAACAGCUACUAUGACUGAUUCAGUUCCAGUCACUACCGACCAAGUGUCUGAAAUAACCACGACAGACACAGAACAGGAUGGUAAAACCACGAAUUCAGAAGGUGAAACAAAGGAAACUUCUCCAAUUUCCAUUACCAAUGCUGUGGCAACAGAAAUAGGUGACUCAACAGUGUCUGGUAAGACCAAUUCUGAUUCUACUGUUGGUAGUGAGAAAGCACCCAAUACUCAGCAAUCCACGACCAGUUAUACUGGUACUACUCCCAAUAAUGCUACACUAACUGAUGGUGAUGAGGGAGCUAACCCAGAAAGAUUAACAGUAGUGAUAGUAAUUGCAACUAUAAUUGGUAUCAUUUUGAUUUGUGUAUUAGUCGGGGCGAUAUAUUAUCAGAAAAAACAAAAACGGAAGGUUUCUCUAAACCACAGAUCUGGUUUCACCAAUAUGGCAUCAACUGUCGAUGAAGAAAAGGCAACAAAAGUAGAUAGCAAAAAUCAUAUUUAUGACAAUCCAAAUUUGAUACCAUAUGGUCAUAUUGAAAAUACCUAG